AUGUGGUUUCACACUGGACAACCAAAGGGGACAUGUGUUCUGCAGCUGCUGACGUCUGUGUUGAGGGAUGAGACUGAGUGGGAGACACCAGACUCCUUCAACCCUGGACACUUUCUAGAUGAGAACGGUCAGCUGAGGAAACGAGACGCCUUCAUACCCUUCUCUGCAGGCCGCAGGGCUUGUCUUGGAGAGAGUUUGGCCAGGAUGGAGCUCUUCCUGUUCUUCACCUCCCUCCUUCAGCGUUUCCGCUUCACACCUCAUCCAGGAGUGUCUGAAGAUGAUCUGGAUCUCACUCCAGUCGUUGGUUUGACUUUGAACCCUUCACCUCACAAACUGUGUGCAAUCAGUAGAACUGAAAGUCAACCAAACUGA